UUGGCAAAAUGUGAGGCGAUGGCAUCCGAAUUGCUCGCCCAGCAGCCUGGUCUCAUUGAAAAAGACGUUGCGCUGGACAUUGUGGGAGUUGGAAUUGCGACCACGCCAACUUUAGCGGUUAUGGAGAAGUGGCAUCGUACCAUCGCGUUACUACACAAGGUGAGAGCUGAAAUUUCCUGGGUGCGCUCAUUACGCUUCACC